CCACACACGACCUCAUUGGUACAAAAAAAUUUCGAAGAGCGAUGCCAGUACAUAAUUAAAUUAAUUUAUAGUAGAUCGAGUAAAGUAUUGAAAAAUCAAGAGCAAGAACAUUCACAAUGGUUAAGAAAGCUAUUGACGCUCGUAUUCCAUCUCUCAUCAGAAAUGGUGUUCAACAAAAGGAAAGAAGUUUUUUCUUUAUUGUGGGAGAUAAAGCCCGUAAUCAAUUACCUAAUUUGCAUUAUUUAAUGAUGUCUGCCGAUUUAAAGAUGAACAAAUCAGUAUUAUGGGCUUAUAAAAAGAAAUUAUUAGGAUUUACAUCUCAUAGACAAAAGAGAGAAGCCAAAAUUAAAAAGGAUAUUAAAAGAGGAAUCAGAGAAGCCAAUGAUCAAGAUCCUUUUGAAGCAUUUAUAUCUAAUCAAAAUAUUAGAUAUGUAUAUUAUAAAGAAACAGAAAAGAUUUUAGGUAAUACAUAUGGGAUGUGUAUUUUACAAGAUUUCGAAGGUCUUACUCCUAAUCUUUUAGCUAGAACCAUUGAAACUGUUGAAGGUGGUGGUUUAGUUGUUAUUUUAUUAAAAUCAAUGACUUCUUUAAAACAAUUAUAUACUAUGACCAUGGAUAUUCAUUCUAGAUAUAGAACUGAAGCCCAUGAUGAUGUUGUAGCCAGAUUUAAUGAAAGAUUCUUAUUAUCCUUAGGUUCAUGUGAAAAUUGUUUAGUGGUCGAUGAUGAAUUAAAUGUACUUCCUAUAUCUGGUGGGAAACAUGUUAAACCAUUACCACCAAAGGAUGAUGAUGAACUUAGCCCUAAGGCUCAAGAAUUAAAAGAAUUAAAAGAUAGUUUGGCUGAAGUUCAACCAGCUGGAUCACUUGUUUCAUUAGCUAAAACUGUAAAUCAAGCUCAAGCUAUUUUAACAUUUGUUGAUGUAAUUUCUGAAAAGAGUUUAAGAAGUACUGUAACUUUAACUGCUGGAAGAGGUAGAGGUAAAUCUGCAGCUUUAGGUAUUGCAAUUGCUGCUGCUAUAUCUCACGGAUAUUCUAAUGUAUUUGUUACUUCACCUUCACCAGAAAAUUUAAAGACAUUAUUUGAAUUUAUCUUUAAAGGUUUUGAUGCUUUAGGUUAUUCAGAACAUUUAGAUUAUGAUAUUAUUCAAUCUACAAAUCCAUCAUUCAAUAAGGCUAUAGUCAGAGUUGAUAUUAAGAGAGAUCACAGACAAACAAUUCAAUAUAUAUCUCCAAAUGAUCAUCAAGUUUUAGGUCAAGCGGAAUUACUUAUUAUUGAUGAAGCAGCUGCUAUUCCACUUCCAGUAGUUAAAAAAUUGAUGGGUCCAUACUUGGUUUUUAUGGCUUCAACAAUUAAUGGUUAUGAAGGUACUGGUAGAUCUCUUUCCUUAAAAUUAAUACAACAGUUACGUAAUCAAUCUAAUAGUACCACAAGUAAUGAUGAUACAGUUGUUGUUUCAAGAGGUAAGAAUUCUAAUUAUGAACCUGAAGUUAGAGGUAGAACUUUACGUGAAGUGGUUUUAGAUGAACCAAUCAGAUAUGCCCCUGGAGAUCCAGUUGAAAAAUGGCUUAAUAAAUUAUUAUGUUUAGAUGUUUCUUUAUCUAAAAAUGCUAAAUUUGCUACUAAGGGUACUCCUCAUCCUUCUCAAUGUAAUCUUUUCUAUGUGAAUAGAGAUACAUUAUUUUCUUAUCAUCCAGUUUCUGAAGCAUUUUUACAAAAGAUGAUGGCACUUUAUGUUGCUUCUCAUUAUAAGAAUUCUCCAAAUGAUUUACAAUUAAUGAGUGAUGCUCCAGCUCAUCAAUUAUAUGUAUUAUUACCUCCAAUUGAAGAAGGUGAUAAUAGAAUACCUGAUCCAUUAUGUGUGGUUCAAUUAGCCCUUGAAGGAGAAAUUUCAAAGGAAAGUGUACGUAAAUCAUUAUCUCGUGGUCAAAGAGCUGGAGGUGAUUUAAUACCUUGGUUAAUGUCUCAACAAUUUCAAGAUGAUGAAUUUGCAUCUUUAUCAGGGGCAAGAGUAGUUAGAAUUGCCACUAAUCCCGAAUAUUCUGGUAUGGGUUAUGGAUCUAGAGCUCUUGAAUUAUUAAAGGAUUAUUUUGAAGGUAAAUUCACUGAUAUUAGUGAAUCAAAUGUAUUAGAUGAUCAUACUAUUACUCGAGUUACUGAUAAAGAAUUAGAAAAUUCUUCAUUAAAAGAUGAAAUCAAACUCAGAGAUGCAAAGACUUUACCACCAUUAUUAUUAAAGCUUUCUGAAAAGGCACCAUAUUAUUUGCAUUAUUUAGGUGUUUCAUAUGGUUUAACACCACAAUUACAUAAAUUCUGGAAGAGAGCUGGUUUCGUACCGGUAUAUUUAAGACAAACAGCAAAUGAACUUACUGGUGAACAUACUGCAGUAAUGAUCAGUACUUUAUCUGGUAGAGAAAAUAGUUGGUUAAAUGAAUUUUCAUCUGAUUUCCAUAAAAGAUUCUUACUGUUAUUAUCUUUUGAAUUUAAGAAAUUUUCAGCUGUUCAAUCUUUAAAUAUUAUUGAAGCCACUGGUUAUGGAGAAAAUUCUAAUAAAGUUGCAAAGAAACUUACUAGAGAUUUCUUAAGUGAAUAUCUUACACCAUUUGAUUUAAAGAGAUUAGAUUCUUAUGCUAAUAACUUAUUAGAUUAUCAUGUUAUUGUUGAUAUGCUUCCAUUUAUUGCUAGUGCAUAUUUUUCAAAGAGAGUAGGAAAAGAUGUCAACUUAUCUUCUGUUCAAGCAGCUAUUUUAUUAGCUAUUGGUUUACAACAUAAAGAUAUGGAUCAAAUAUCUUCAGAAUUAAAUUUACCUUCUAAUCAAUCUAUGGCUAUGUUUGCAAAGAUUAUUCGUAAAUUUUCAACUUACUUUAGAGGAGUUUUAAGUAAAGCCAUAGAACAAGAAAUGCCUGAACUUGAAGAUGAAGCUGUUAAAGAAAUGGAUGGAAGUUCUGAACAUGUAGAUUAUGAUGCUAUUGAACAACAAUUAGUAGAUGAUUUAGAUGAAGCUGGUGAUGAAGCUAUAAAGGAAUUAAGAUUAAAACAACGUGAAUUAAUUAAUGCUAUUAAUUUAGAUAAAUAUUCUAUUGCUGAUGAUGGAGAUUGGGCUGGAGCUGAAAAUUCAUUAAAAGCUGCUGCAAAAGGUAAAGGAGUUGUUAGUGUUAAGAGUGCAAAGAAGAGAAAAUCCACUGCUAAUGCUUCUGAAAUUUAUGAAAGUGAAAUGAAGAGUGUAUCCAAGAAACCAAAGAAAUCUAAAGGUAAAGUAUAGACAACAUAUAUGUAUAUAGAUUUAAAAAAGAAAAUGCAUGAAAUAA